GAAGGUCGCAUUGCAACGACAGAGUGAGGGUAUGUCACGUGCAAGAAAGCGACGUCUUGGAUUGGCCAAAUAAACAACCUCGUUUCUUAUUGGUUAAGCGUCUGGGUCUUAUCGCAUCACAUAACGUCCUGGUGUGGUCACGUUUCCUCUUGGGUCUAUCAAAUACUACUCUCGGAACUACGUUGCGUUGCAGAUCAAAAUAACGGUUUAAUACUCAAACCAAUCAGGAGAUUUCGUUUUAAGUACACUCAUUAAAUUAGUAUUGUAGUCGUGUGCGUGUAGAUGAGUAAGCGUUUGGCAACACGUGUCGCUUUGAAUGCUUAUCUUUAACGUUGAAUGUUUUUGAGUGUAUUUAUCGUUUUUCGCCAACAUCGUGGAAUGAGAACGUAGAACAUUCACAAAGGAUCAUUACUGGAUCAAAGAGCAUUAGGAGAUGGCGCCACGUAUGCAAAAAGUCUACCAUAGUACUAAGGAACCAAACAGAUGCACGCUGAGGUCAACUAAAUGGGUUGAAACUGCUCCUCCACGGACGUACGAUGCCGUUGCCUCGAGAAUAAACAGGAAAAAAGAAUUCUUACGCUGCAUGGGACUUCAAAUGAAAACAUUUCGGUGUAAAUAUAGCACGUUCGACGGUAACCAUACGAAUGGAAGGUUUAAUACUCCCGAUGGGGUAAAGUUACGUGACUGUAGCGUCGUUAUCCUGGGGGCGCCGUGUAAAACAUGUGGAAAGUGUUUCAAGUGUGUUACGGACGUGAACUCGCACAUGGUGAAACGACAUGGUUUGUAUCACGAGGCGAGGAUCAUCGCCUCAAACGAGACUCUAUGUUCGGACGAGGACAACGAUUGCAUAAUAUUAUUGGAUCCAUGCGAGCUGCCGAUUGUCGCCGGUAGCAAGGAUCCUGUGAAGCUGCAAAGGAAGUUACGCGUGACUCUGAAGAUCGGGCACGAAGUCGUCUCCAAGUUGUUCGUGAAGCGCAAGUAUUUGAAGACGAACAGAGUGGACACGGCGACGCAAACCGACCAUCUCGCUCCUACCGAAUUCGUCGCGGAGGAAAAUGUCGACGAAAGUGGCGUUUCUCAUAUCGAUCAGCCCGUAUUCGAUAAUAGUUUCUACAAGUGUUGUAGCCAGACUAUGCGUGUGGUAACCGACAAGAAUCGAUAUUUGGCUGGUAACAUUGUAGCAAGCACGGAGACCGAAUGCGGGGAAAGUGCAGCGCAAAUGGGAACUACCAUAUUGGACAGGCUGACGAAAUCAUGCGCAAUCACGAGCGACGAGAGCAGCGCUAUUCGUGACAUUCCGUCGAAAGUGGUGACGUUUGAACCGGAUGUCACGUGUAUAUACAAGCAACGUAAACCGUCCUCGCGAGAUGCUAUCUCAGAUACGAAUCGCGAUAGCAAUCAAAGGCAUACGACUGAUUCGAUCGUAUUUGAGGACACAAGCGACGAUUCGGCGCACGAAUCUUAUCUGAAUCCCAUUUUAAUGUCUUGCAACGUGGAUGGCAUUCGUAGGUCCACUAUCGCGCAGUCGUGUCAAAUGGACAUGAAUGGAAACGAACGACAUACGGAUGUUGCGACUGCCAUGAAGCAAAUGGACAUAGUGAAGAUGAUAAAGGUGAUAAUGCCCCCCAUAAUCGUGCCAAUAAUCGCGCCACAGAGUAUUACUUCGACCGUAAAUCUAAGAUCAUCGCGACAACAACAUCCGAGACACGCGAACGAAAGGAACAGCUCCGACGACGAGGUGCAGGAGGUCCUGCGAAUCGUCAGAGGACGCGACUCCGCGGAACAGAUCAACCACGAGUCGCCUAAUCGUCUCGAACAGGAACUGCUGGUCCAUAACGCAGUCACAGAUAUGAUCAGAAGACAGGACUGGGUGGUAGAAAAGGACGAGCAGUUGACGAAGAAGAGGAAACGGGUAGCGAAAACGGAUGUCAAGUCUAUCACACACGACGCGCCAACGAAGAAACGAAGCAGAGAUCAGCCGAAUUCGAAGAAUAAUAUUGUCACAAACGCAACGGGGGAUGGGUACCAUUCGAAUUCAAAGAAACCAUUCGCCAACGCUGAGAAAAGUCGCGACGACGUUCUGUGCAUAUCGGACAGCGUCAAGGAGAACAUGAUUAAUUGCAACAAGAUUAAUAAUCUUUCCUCGGAGAUGUUGAAACACUACGGUAUCACCUACUGCAACGAGGGACACGAGAUUAACAACAAUACGGAAACGAUGCAAGAAUCCGUUAGUCUCUAUGCUGGAGAUGAUAGGAGUGAUAAACCAACCGUUAUAGAUCUAGUCAAUGACAACGAUGAAUAGACACUGGUUAGAAACAACGCGCCCUGGAGUGAUCGACGAGUAUAGUUUUAUAACGAGUCAUAAGUAAUUAACAUUUUCUUGUGCCAACAAGCCUAUACAAAAUGCUAUAACAGAGUUUGAUACUGAAACGAGGUCGGCCCGUUAUGUUUGUUUCUUCAAUUACGUUGAGAUCGACUUCUAUUACUAAUUAAUUUUCAACG